GUUUUUUCCUCGUUCUUGCCGGGCAGUGAAGUGCUGAUAAUCUGUGUUAAGCUGUUUUCCCGUGUAUACCCUAAGUAUCUUUCUAAAAUUUUGGGGUUGGCAUCGCGAGCCUAAGCCAUGGCUACGGAACAGCCGUGCUACACUCUGAUCAACUCUUCCAUCGAUGGCGAACAAGGCAACGAUAUGCUCCUCAAGCAAGAUCUUGAGAAAGGCGAUAAUCGGACGAAAACGUUCGCUUUGAAGAAAGCCAUUAGACAGCUGCUUGCUGGAGAUAGAUUACCGGCUGGGAUGUUGAUGACCAUCAUACGAUUUGUAUUGCCAUCGCAGGACCACGUUAUCAAGAAACUUCUCUUGAUAUUCUGGGAAGUAGUGCCUAAAACUACCUCUGACGGAAAGCUUGUCAGCGAAAUGAUACUUGUCUGUGACGCUUUCAGAAAAGAUUUACAACACCCGAAUGAAUACAUCAGAGGAUCUACUCUGCGCUUUCUUUGCAAAUUACGUGAGCCAGAAUUGCUGGAACCUUUGGUGCCAGCUAUUCUCGCCUGUUUAGAACAUAGACAUGCGUAUGUGAGGAGGAAUGCCGUGCUUGCUGUUGCCGCGAUUCAUCGCAAAUUUGAUUUUUUGAUCCCUGAUGGACCCGAUCUGGUGGCUAAGUUUUUGGAAACUGAGAGCGAUCCCAGCUGCAAGCGGAACGCUUUUAUGAUGUUGGUGCAAGCUGAUCAAGACAGAGCGUUGGCGUAUCUUUCGGACCGAUUGGAUGCGGCUGCUGCUUCGCCUUCUGCAUCUACCACUUUGCUAGAUGGUGACGUCGCUCUUCAACUCGUCACAGUUUCGCUAGUUUACCGAGUUUGCCGUGCGCAGCCGUCUGAGCGAGGUCGAUUCAUCCGCGCAAUCUACAAUCUCCUGUCGUCUCCGUCGUCAUCACCCGCGGUACGCUACGAAGCCGCUGGAACCUUAGUGACGCUGUCGACGGCUCCGACAGCCGUGAGAGCUGCUGCUAGGGCUUACAUUGACCUGGCUGCGAGAGAAACCGAUGACAACAACGUGAAGCUAAUUGUUCUGGAUCGUCUCGUUGCUUUGAGGGAAGAAGGCGGCGAGGGGGUUGAGAAGGUCAUGAAAGAAAUGGUGAUGGAUGUUUUGAGGGUCUUGGCUGCUCCUGAUCUGGAAGUCAGGAGAAAAACUCUGAAUUUAGCUUUGGACCUGGUGACGUCGCGCACCGUUCCGGAAGCAGUGCUAGUUCUGAAGAAGGAAGUUGCCAAGACACACGAUGCUGCGGAAUCAGGGACCACCGGAGAAGAAGCUGCGAAGUACCGACAGUUGUUGGUGCGGGCUUUGCAUUCCAUUUGUGUGCGGUUCCCUCAGGUUGCGGCUGACGUUGUUCCCGCGUUGACGGAGUUCUUGAUGGCGGGCGGCGCUGCCACGGAUGGUGGCGAAGAGGCCGCCGCGGGAGACGUCCUUGUCUUCCUACGCGAAGCCGCCGAAAAAUUCACUGGGUUGCGUCCCGUCGUUAUCGAGAAAUUGCUCGAAGUUUUUAGUUCUAUGAAGAGUGCUAAAGUGUUUCGUGGAAGUCUGUGGAUUCUGGGAGAGUUCGCUGAUGUCAAGUCGGAGGUUCAGUCGGUUAUGACUCAAAUUCGUCAAGCUCUUGGAGAUAUACCUAUCGUGGAUCACGAGAUGAGAAAAGCUGCCGGAGACACUGAGGUUGAAUCUAGUGCCACGGACAUCACAGCAUCAGGAACCCCAGUGCAGAAGUUGGUGACAGCUGAUGGAACCUAUGCGACGCAAUCUGUUUUCAGUUCUAGCUCUGUGAAGAAAAGUCAGACUGCGAACAUUCCACCGCUACGGAAACUGUUGAUGGAAGGUGAUUUCUUCCUGGGAGCGAGUAUGGCUACGACUCUUGCGAAGUUGGCGAUUCGUUACUGUAGCUUCGAUGGGAUGGACGCGAAGAAGACGAAUCGGUUCUGUGCUGAAGCUAUGCUUGUGAUGGCGUCCAUUUUGCGACUUGGAAAAUCUGGACUUCCGGACAAAGCCAUCACGGACGACGAUACCGAUAGGAUUUGCCUGUGUCUGAAAGCCUUGUCGGAUCUACAGCGUGGGAAGGACGAUACUUCGGUGAUGCUGAAGAACGUGUUCAGCAAGGAGAGCCGGCAAUCGUUGGGGAAAAUGUUGGCUGUCAAGAUUGCCGCCGAGGAGGCCGAAGCUCAAAAAGUCAAGGAGAAAAAGGGAGUCGCCGUUCAGCCGGACGAUGCCAUACCAUUUGGCCAACUUGCGAGUCGAAGCGGGCCAGGAGCUGACAAAGAGGAUAUUUUCGAAUUGAGUUUAUCCCGGGCAGUGGCUGGUUCUGGGAAGAAAGAUGGCUUCGAUCAGGCUACAAAACUUAGCAAAGUUACUCAGCUGACGGGAUUUUCUGAUCCCGUUUACGCGGAAGCGUACGUGAAUGUGAACCAAUAUGAUAUUGUGCUGGACGUGCUUGUCGUGAAUCAAACCGGUGACACGCUACAAAAUUGUACUUUGGAGUUGGCGACGCUGGGAGAUUUGAAGCUUGUGGAGAAACCGAGUGCUUUAGUUCUCGGACCCCAUGAUUUCGCAAACAUUAAGGCCAAUGUCAAGGUUUCUUCGACUGAGAACGGGAUCAUUUUUGGAAACAUUGUAUACGAUGUACACGGAUCGACAUCGGAUCGAAACGUAGUCGUGCUGAAUGACAUCCACAUUGACAUAAUGGACUAUAUUGUCCCGGCAAUGUGCACUGAUACUGAGUUCCGUCAAAUGUGGGCUGAGUUCGAGUGGGAGAAUAAGGUGUCCGUGAACACGCCAUUGCGGGACCUGCGAGCCUACCUUGAGCACUUACUGAAGAGCACCAACAUGAAGUGUUUGACCCCGGAAGCCGCGUUGGACGGCGACUGCGGUUUUAUGGCGGCUAACUUGUAUGCUAGAUCCGUGUUUGGAGAGGAUGCAUUGGCAAAUUUGAGCAUCGAGAAGAAUGGAGAUGGUCCCGUGACGGGACAUGUAAGAAUUCGAGCGAAGAGCCAGGGUAUGGCUUUGAGUAUGGGCGAUAAGAUAAACUUGACGCAGAAGGAGAAGCCGAGGGCGACGAUGGCGGCAACAGCAUGAACAGAAAGCAAGCACCAAUUUACAGCUUGUUGAGGGAUGAUGGUGUUGAAUUUUUCCCUGUACCGAUUGCUAUAAUUUAUUUUUGCCGUAUUGAUUUUUUUGUCGUAUCGUCCUCGGUUUUUUUGUUUGUUUUCUUUUGAGCAUUCCUCGGACUUGGACACUGGUGGCUUUGAUUCAAUAGUGCUGCGUGUACACUCUGGAAGCAGAGAAAUCGGCUCUCACACGAUUUGAGUUAUGUGUUGUAAUUACCAUUUCACGGAUUUGUUCACGAGUUUUCUCGAGGCGGAGUUGUUGGAUGCUCGACUGGGGAGUUCUAAGGUUAUGAGAUUUAUCUCGGAAGUCGGAAAAGCAUGGAAAUAUAUUUCUUGGAGGAACGCGGAU